AUGAAUAUUUAACAACUAUAAAGUCAUAUACCUUAAAUCUCAUAGCAUUCUUAAGCAUCUUAAUAAAUGAAUUCACCAGCUUAAUAUAAUCUCGAUUCAAUUCCUGGAGAUUGGGUAUUGGCAAUCAUUCAUUAAUCUGCUCACAAAGUAGGCAUUGCUGGAAAAUAAAUAUGUUAAUGUUGUGGAUAUCACGUUUGCGAAUUCUAAUUAAAACUAUCUGUUGACAAAGAAGAUUUAUCAUUUUUAGGAUCAGGAUAUCCCCUCUAUUUUACUUUCAUUAAAAAUUGCAUAUUUUUACUAUGUCUUCAUUUAAUGGCGGCUGGUCAAUUUAAUAUUAUUAGUAACUAUUAAGGUCAAGACUGUAGACCAAAAAAGAAAUUGUAAGAUCCAGAAGAUAAAGUAUGUUUACGAGAUAUUGUGACAAUUUUUUCAUUAGCUAAUAGAAAGAAUGAUUAAGAAUUAUUAGCACUAGAGGAUAUCUUAACUUUGUCUUCAACUUUCCUAAUGAUGGUCUUUCUUAUUUAUUUUAGAAAGAAUCAAAAAAAAUUAGAUGUAUUUUGUGAUUUAUAAGAAUUGACUCCAAGUGAUUAUACCGUCAUGGCUUAUAAUAUAGAUCAAUCAGAUAAAUUAAAAUAAUAUUUUGAAAUAGAUUUAUUUAAAUUGUCAAGAAAAAUGAAGGUGAAAAAGAUUAAUUUAGCAUAUGAUUUGUCAAAAAUAAAUGAAUUGAAAGAAUAAAAAAAUAAUAUAUUAAAUAAGAAAAAACAAUGUUUUUUAAAUUAAGAGUAAUUCAAUGAAGAAGAAUUGGAAGAUGUAAACAAUAAGUUAGAAGAGCAGAAAAAGAAAUGUAAUUUUACUGGUUUGGCAUUUGUGUCAUUCAAAUAUGAAAGAAUGAAAUCAGAAGUUAUUCAAAUAGCAAAAAGUGUAUUAUUAAUCCAUGAUUUUAGAAUAAUAUGCAGCACCUAUAAUCAAUACAUUUACUGGUCUAAACUUUAAUGAAGGUCGAUCACUUGAUUAUUAUGGACAUCCAAUAUAUGUUGAAGUUGCUCCAGAACCAACAGAUAUUAAUUGGAAUGUUAUCUAUAUUUGGGCCAAUCAUAGUAUUUAUAGAAGAAUUUUUGGAGCUGUUAUAAAUAUAAUUGUUAAUUUUAUAUUAUCAGUAGUCGUUUAUUUGUCAAUUCUCAAAUAAGUAAAAGUUUUAGGUGAAUUAUCAAAAAACUAUAAUGAUAAUGAUACAUUUAAUGGACAUUAUAUCAAAGUUCAUCUUUAUUCCUUAGGAUAUUCAAUGAUAACAGUCUUUAUCAAUUCAUUUUUGUUGUAAGAAUUAACAAGAGCAAUUGUAAGCUUUCAAGCCUACCCUACGUUUAGUUAAGUAAGUCUUGCUAUUGCUUCUAAAUUAUCUUUUAUGAUGUUUUUAAAUUCAGUGUUUAUGCAAUGUUUAAUUGCUUUAGAAUCUGGAAAUGUUUAUUAUGCUGGUGGACUUGCUUAUAACAUGACUUAUUUCUUUAUUUCAAAUGCAUUCAUUCCUCCAAUAAUUUAAAUGUUAGAUAUUUCAUCAUUGGUAAAAUCAAUAAAAUAAUAUUAUUACAAAAAAUAUGGAAUUCUUACUUAACAAGAAUUAAAUGAGUAUAUCAUAUUUUAUUAUUAAAGACUCCUAGAAUUUCCUGAACAUAAAAUUGAAGAAAGUUAUGCAGAAGUUCUUAAAACCAUGAAUGUUACAUUUUUUGUUGGCCCACUCGUUCCAUUAGGAUACAUUUUCAGUAUUAUUGGUUUGAUACUAUUUUAUUGGGCUGAAAAAUACUAAUUACUAAGAAAAAAAACAGUUAAACAUACUCCUUCCUUCUAGUUAUCUUCAAAAAUGACGGAUUCAUUAUAACUAAUUCCAAUUAUUCAUAUUUUAUCUACUUCAGCCUUUAAGUAUUUCAUUUAAAAGAAUUUAUCUCUAAUUUCUAUAAUUGGUCUCAUAAUUUCAUUGAUAUAUCAUUUUAUUCCUAAUAAUAAAUUAGUUGCUUUGAUUUGGGAUUUUGGAGAACAUGAUGAAUAUGAAAAAUAUUGUGAUUCUAUCUUUCCUUUUAAUUAUGAUAGAGAGAAUCCUAUUACUUAAUAGAAAGCUUUGAGGAGAUGGCUAAAAAGAUAGUAAAGAUAUGAGUAAAGAAAAGAAAAGAGAAUAAAAUCUGGAGAUGAUUAUGCUACUUUAAAAUAAAAAGAAAAAGAAAUUAAGUUAUAACUUGAAUUAUUUUAAUGA